AAUUUGUAAUCAGUAUUGCAUCAGUAUUAAAAUAUGAAACUGUUCAUCUCAAUUAUCUUAUUAGGAAUAUCUUCCCUGGUUUUAUCGAGCCCUGAACCAAGUGAACUAUCACAUUCUUAUGGACAAGAACGAAUUGUCGGGGGUGUCAAUGCAAAACCAAAUGAGUUUCCAUAUCAAGUUUCCUUGCAACGAAAUGAGAAUAGCCAUUUUUGUGGAGGUUCAAUUUUGUCAGAAUUAUGGGUUGUAACGGCUGCACAUUGUAAACUCGACGAACCCAUGGAAGUAGUUGCAGGAGAGCAUGAUUUUAAGGAAGAAACUGGUCGUGAACAACGAAGAAACGUUGUUGAAUUCAUUACUCAUGAGAAUUAUGGUGGAUCAGUAGGGCCAGAUGAUAUUGCAGUUGUAAGAAUUGAUGAGCCAUUGAAAAUGAAUGAUUACGUACAACCGAUUAAUCUUCCUCAACCAAAUACUUAUCCACAAGGUCGUGCAAUUUUGUCUGGUUGGGGAUCUAUUUCUCGCAUUCCUGGAGUGUAUCCUAAUAUUUUGCAAAAAGCAAACAUGCCGAUACAUUCGCAAUCCACUUGCAAAAGAUUGUGGACAAACUCACCGUAUGCUGAUACAAAUGUUUGUGCCGGACCUUUAUUAGGAUCGUCAUCUUCCUGCAGUGGGGAUAGUGGUGGUCCACUAGCACAAAAAACAGAUAAUGAAUUCACUUUAGUUGGAAUUGUAUCAUGGGGACAAAUACCUUGUGGGACACCUUUAAAACCAGGUGUAUUUGUUGAAGUUUCCCAAUAUAUCGAUUGGAUAUCUCAACACACAGAAUAAAAAUAAAAAAAAAACAUUUGGUGGCAGUUAUAAUAUAUCAAAGUUAUUACUAUUAAAUAUAUAAAAACAGAAACAAAUUUUAAAUUUA